CCCAUACAGUGGCUGCCGCAUCAUCGCCAUGGACGCCGCGUCGCCGCUGUUAGUGCUGACGCUGUUGUUCGUCACCUUCUCAGAUAAAACUAUUAACUGGCCAGUUUCAAGCAAUAACUUCUAGAGUGACGUUCACCGGACUCUUCACGUCCCAAAGGAACUCGCAUCUGAAAGUUCAACAUUAAGUCAAGUUAAAGCCCCUCUGACCUACAAGAACAGUGAAAAUACCGGUGAACGGCGUGCGGUGGAAGCGGUUUCGGCUUCCGCGUCCCAGAUAGCGGCAGUGCGGUCUGCCUUAUUCAAGAACUACGAUCGCGCACUGCCGCCCCCUGGUGACCAGCUGAAAGUGAAACUCUACAUUAACCUCCUCAACGUGGAUCUGUAUGGAUACGCGCGGGUUAUGAAGGUUGAAGGCCUGAUUUACAUUGCUUGGACGGACUCACGCUUAUCUUGGACUGGUAGUGACGUAGUAAAAAAUGUUUACGUUUAUACUGACGAGAUCUGGACACCUGACCUAGGAGUUCUACAUAGGUGGGAGGACGACCCAGACGAAUCGUCUCUCGUCAACACAAGGUGCUUCCUGUCCUCUAUUGGCUACGUGCAGUGUAUGCCGCCUGCCCAGUUCCGCUCGCACUGCAAGCAGGACAAUUCUCGCUGGCCCUACAGCAGGCACAACUGCACCCUGCGGCUCGCCUCCAAGUUGCCGGUCGAGAAGCUCAAGUUCGAACUUAUGGAGGUGGAUUUCGUUUACGAGCUGGUUUCACGGAAAUGGGACAAUUUGCAGCUUUCGUCAUACACCGGAGAAGUCGGAGGGAGAUCUAAUGUGGUAGUAUCGUUUGAACUAAAGAGGCAUAACUUGAUGCUAAUAGCAGCUUUCGUCGCUCCAGCAUUUGUGCUGGUUCUGCUGACGGUGAGCACUUGGUUCCUGCCGAGCAGCUGCGACGAGCGCCUCUUGCUGGCGACCCUCUCCGUCUUCCUGCACUGCGUCGUCAUCGACAACCUGUCGUACCCCAUGCCAGAGGACGGACGCAGCCCGCCGCAGGUCGUUCUGAUGUAUCGCGACCUGCUGGUGGUGGCGUGUGCGUCCUUCAUGGCUGCCGUGGGCCUGCGGAGGCUGAGCAGCCUGCGCACGCUGGACACCCCUGUGUGGCUGCCCUCCCUGCUGGAGUCCGGGCCCGCGCGGUUCCUGCUCUGCUCUCCCCAUGGCUCCCUCAGGCUGCAGGAAGAAGACGAUGCUGAGGGCCUGGUGAGCGAGGUGGAGCCAGUGACAGCUGCCACGCCCGCUCCAGCGGCGCUCCUGGCGCUGCUGAUCAGCCGCCUGGGUCUGGUUGCGUCGACAGCCACCUGCGUCGCCGCCCUCUCCGUCAGACUCAUGGCUUAAAUCUCUACUCCCUGCCGAAUACUAGCCACUCAUGUGGAUAUCUGUGGACGGCGACUACCUUUCAAAAAUAAUUCUUCACUUACGGACAUGUCGUAAAAUAAAAUGUGCUUCUAUUCCGCCCAAUGAGAAGGGUCCCUCUUCAGGUCUGACCUCAAACUGUGUUACUUUUGGUGAGUCUUACGUUGUUGAGCAGAUCGUUUAAGCAAAGGGUCGACACUUACGCUUUGCUGUCAGUACUAUUCCAAGUUCAGACCAGUCAUCAACAAGUAGCUACAGCUACCACAUGGGAGAACCACUAACUUUUGAACUGUCGAAGAGGGCCUGUAUCUAUUGAACUGUGGAAGAAAUGGAGGGGUGAAUUUGCCUUACUUUAAAUGGUCAAGUAGCUCUUUGGGAGAAGGACUAUAUGA